CAACGUUUGACCCGGCUUCUCGGCUGCCACUACUCCUCGCCUUCGCACUGAUCAUCGGAUCACCCAGUCAGAGACCAAAAGCACUCUCCCCGGCGACCGUUCCCCGCUGAUUCGAGGCCAACGGGCCGGUGCGGCGCGCCUAACCAUAUUUCUCGCGUGAUAGGCAGCACUCUGCCGUGCAGCCUGCAGGCAGUCCCACUAGUAUGUCCUGAGAGGAGAGGUCAUCGGGAGAGAGCAUGAGGACACGCAAGCUCUGUCUCGUCCUCCUCGUAGCGGCCGCCACCUUCUUCUCCCGCUCCACAUCCACCGACACCAUCGGCCAGGCCGCGCCCAUCGCCGGCAACCAGACGCUCGUCUCGGCCGGCGGCGUCUUCAACCUCGGCUUCUUCAGCCCGGGCGGCGCCGGCGGCAGGACGUACCUCGGCAUUUGGUACGCCAGCAUCCCGGGGCCGACCGUCGUGUGGGUCGCCAACCGCCAGAGCCCGCUCGUCAACUCCCCGGGCGUUCUCCAGCUCUCCUCCGACGGCCGAAUCGUCAUCCUCGACAGCCAGAACGCCACCGUGUGGACUUCCGCGGCGCCCACCAGGAACGUGACCACCAGCGCCUCCGCGCAGCUGCUGGACAACGGCAAUUUCGUCCUGAGCUAUGAUGGGAGCGGUUCUGCGCAGAGCGUGGCGUGGCAGAGCUUCGACUACCCGACGGACACGCUGCUCCCGGGCAUGAAGCUCGGGGUGGACAUCAAGGCCGGCAUCACAAGGAACAUCACGUCGUGGAGCAACCCGACCGACCCCUCGCCGGGGGCCAACACAUUCAAACUGGUCCAGGGCGGGCUGCCCGAGUUCUUCCUCGUGCAGGGCACGACGACGGUCUAUGCGAGCGGGCCGUGGAACGGCGCGGUGCUCACCGGCGUGCCGGACCUCAGGUCGCAGGACUUCACGUUCAUCGUCGUGUCUAAUCCCGACGAGACAUAUUACAGCUACUCCAUCGGCGUCUCCUCGCUGCUCUCGCGGUUCGUCGUGGACAGCACGGUGCCGCAAGUGCAGCGGUUCGUGUGGGUUAACGGCGCGUGGAGCAGCUUCUGGUACUACCCGACCGACCCGUGCGACGGCUACGCCAAGUGCGGGCCGUUCGGGUACUGCGAUACCGCCCAGUCCCCGAUGUGCAGCUGCCUGCCGGGGUUCGUCCCGCGGUCGCCGCAGCAGUGGAACCUCCGGGACGCGUCAGGCGGGUGCGUCAGGAGCACCAACCUGAGCUGCGGCAACGGCAGCGCCAACGGCGACGGGUUCUGGGUCGUGAACCGGAUGAAGCUGCCGGAGGCCACGAACGCGACGGCAUACGCCAGCAUGACGCUGGAACAGUGCAGGCAGGAGUGCCUGAGCAACUGCAGCUGCCGGGCGUACGCCGCCGCGGACGUUAGCGGCGGAGUCAGCCGCGGGUGCGUCAUCUGGGCCGUCGAUCUGCUGGACAUGCGGCAGUACUCCACGGUCGUGCAGGAUGUGUACAUACGGCUCGCGCAGUCCGAGAUAGACGCCCUGAACGCCGCAGCUAACCGCCGGCGCCCAAGCAAGCGUUUGCUGAUCGCCAUCGUCGCGACUGUUUCCGGCGUGCUUCUUCUGCUAGCGGUUGGCUGCUGCUGUAUAUGGAGGAGGAGGAAACGCCGAGGUGAAACGGCGGCGUCGGCGCCGAGCGGUGGAGACGAAGACGUGCUUCCGUUCAGGGUCAGGAAACACCCUGCAUUGAUCCCGGAACGGGAUCAACGGCUGGAUGAGAACUGGAAAUGUGAUGAGAAAGAUGUUGACCUUCCGUUGCUCGAUCUGGCGGUGAUCCUGGUCGCCACGGACAACUUUGCUGCGCACGGUAAGAUUGGAGAAGGAGGAUUUGGCCCUGUUUACAUGGGAAAGCUCGAGGAUGGACAAGAAGUAGCUGUGAAGAGGUUGUCCCGGAGAUCAAUGCAAGGGGUUGGGGAGUUCAAGAACGAGGUGAAACUGAUCGCCAAGCUUCAGCACAGAAAUCUUGUGAGACUGCUCGGUUGCUGCAUCGCCGAGGACGAGAGGAUGCUCGUGUACGAGUACAUGCAUAACCAGAGCUUGGACACAUUCAUAUUUGAUGAAGGAAAGCGCAGGUUGUUAAGAUGGCAGAAACGCUACGAGAUCAUAUUGGGGAUUGCUCGGGGUCUAAUGUAUCUUCACGAGGACUCAAGGUUCAGGAUUAUCCAUAGGGACUUGAAGGCUAGCAACGUGUUGCUAGACAGAAACAUGGUCCCCAAAAUUUCAGACUUUGGUAUCGCAAGGAUGUUUGGAGGUGAUCAGACCACUGCAUAUACCAGAAAGGUCAUCGGGACAUACGGCUACAUGUCUCCAGAAUAUGCAAUGGAUGGCGUGUUUUCGAUGAAAUCCGAUACCUACAGCUUUGGCGUGCUAGUUCUGGAGAUCAUCGCUGGCAAGAGGAAUCGAGGCUUCUACGAAGCCGAGCUUGAUCUCAACCUCCUCAGAUAUGCAUGGAUGCUGUGGAAAGAAGGCCGGACUGUCGAUUUACUGGACGAGUUAAUGGAUGGCAGCUUCACCUACAGCGAGGUGCUGAGAUGCGUUCAGGUUGCUCUCCUGUGUGUUGAAGUGCUGCCCAGGAACAGGCCGCUGAUGUCCUCGGUCGUCUUGAUGCUUGCCAGCGAGAGCGCCACGGUUCCGGAGCCGAACGAGCCCGGGGUGAACAUUGGGAAGAACACGUCGGACACGGAGUCGUCUCAGAGCAUCACGGCGAACAAUGUGACGAUAACGGCAAUAGAUGCUAGGUAGUGUAGCCUGUACUCUGUAGUAUGUUGUUCCAGACGAAGUAAUGUGCAGGCCACUUCAGUCCCCUGAACGCGAGCAAGUGGUAGGUAGAAGAGGUCGCACACCUGGCUUAGUAGCCGUCGUGAGUCUCUGGAAUUUGGUACAGGGGGCUAUGCCAUUCAACAAAUGUAGCAAUUGUUGGAGCUCGUUUUCAGCCCGGCUGAUAGGUGGUGUUGCACCAAUUGAGUGUGUCCACACCCUCUCGUAAAGUUUUACCUUGUAAAGAUUAGUACAUUCAAAGCUAUUGCAUUCAAUUUAUCGCAGACGCGGCGCCAGGAUUAGACGA